GGCUCCGUCUCUGCUCUCUCCCCCUCCCUCCCUCUGCUCUCCUCCUCACUGAAUCAUUCUCUCUCUCUCUGCUGCAACGCUGAUGCUGCCUGGAUCUUCCCAGGACCAUGUGACGUGGCCAGCCAGUAGCGAGGCCGGGAAGGCAGACGGGCGGGGAUUCAGGGAAUUGCAGGCGGAGAUGCUCCACUUGGACCUGAUCGACGCUGAGGAGGAUAUCCAAGAGGAAGUGGAGCACUGGGGCCUGAUCCAUGGUUCCCAAGACGACCACAGGCUCAACCAGGAAGAGAGAGGGUGCGUCGUUCUAACGCCUGUCAGACAGAAACAGACUAAUGUGAUAGAAUCAGAAUCUGCGGAACAUCCGGUCGCUAUGGAUACGUACAGGCCCAAGAGACCCACCACCCUAGCGCUGUUUCCACAGGUGCAGCCUCAGCCUCCCAGGACUCAGGACAAGGACACCAUUAACAACAACUCGUUUGGAAAGAAGGACACGUGGAAGGACAAUGUAUCAAACUCAAACUCCUCCUCCCCCCACAUAACAGGGGAUCUAACGCCCACUAAUGAGCAGGUGAAUGACGAGGCUGUCCAGCAGCACAACGGUGACGGCUCCGUGGCCAAACCACCACAAAACAGAGGGACAGAGAAGGCAGUCAAGGCACACAGCAAGGACUACGCCACGUUCAUCUCACACGGAGCUACAGAAACACGGGGCCGACAGCGAGACGCCAAACAGCGGACUAAGAAGCCCUCCGCUGCUCCACACAACCAGGUUAAAGCAGCAAAACCCAAAGCAGGCAGCAUGAGAGACACUGCUGUGGAGGGGGACAGGAAUAGGGACGGUAGCAGGGGGAAAGGUGGAGGACAGGGGCGAGGGCAGGUUCGGGGCUGCUGCCAGGAGGAGGAGCUCCAGCCAGAGGCCACUGAGGAGAUCUACCUGACCCCGGUACACCAGAAGAACCCUGACACUGACUGUGACACUGUCCGUCCCUUCCUGUCUCAAAGCAGCGAGGGCAAUCGCAUGUCCAUCAGCUCCGAUGCAGAGGGACCCCCAGCAUACCCAAACACCGCCCUCCCCGACCGAACAAACCCCUCCAUCAGCGAGGAGGACGAGGUCUACCUGCACCCCUCUGCACCUCCUCCACGCUCCUCCUCCUCGUGCUUUAGGCCAUCCGUCAGUGAGGGAGGGGACCAGGACAGGGGGGUGUGUGACAGAGGCUCUAAGUGUAGAUCUAAGGGUGAGUUGGGGGCUCUGCGGACUCGGAGCGCCGAGGCCGAUGGCCUGUCUUAUGACUCUGUAAAGUACACCCUGGUGGUGGACGAGCACGCCCAGCUAGAACUGGUGAGCUUGAAGCAGUGUUACCAUAGCUACAGUGAGGACAGCGACACAGAGACAGUGUAUGAGUCAGCCAACGAGGAGGAGGACUAUGAGGUGGAUCGCAGCGAGCUGAAAAGAGAAAGGAGAAAGUCAUCACGCUUGUCCAGGGCUGCUUCAUCAUCUGAGGCAGGGGUUGGCGGGGGACCUCGAACACGCAAGUUCCUCAAUGUGUUUGUGAACGGACAUUUACGCUCCUCUGGUGCAGAGUCCUUUGGCCUGUUCUCCUGUGUGUUAGAUGGGGUAGAGAAGGAGCAGAGCCACAGAGCUGUGUUCAGGUUCAUCCCUCGCCAUGACGAUGAGCUGAUGCUAGAGGUGGAUGACCCCCUGCUGAUGGAGGUUCAGGCUGAUGACCUGUGGUGUAAGGCCUACAACAUGAGGACUGGGGCCAGCGGCAUCUUCCCUGCCUACUACGCUGCCAAGGUCACACUGGAACACAGCAAAGAUGACAAAGAUGACUGGGUUGACAGAUUCCGUGUGAAGUUCCUUGGCUCUGUUAACGUACCGUACCACAAAGGCAACGAUGUGCUUUGUGCUGCUAUGCAAAAGAUUGCUACCAACCGGCGGAUGACCAUGCAGCCUCCCUCGACAUGUAUUCUGGAGAUCAACAUGAAGGGGGUGAAGAUCAUAGUGCAAGAUGAAUGCAGGACCUCGGAAAGAGGGGAUAAGUGCUUUCACUUUUUUCAGCUUAAGAACAUCUCAUUUUGCGGCUGUCACCCAAAACAUAACAAGUAUUUUGGAUUCAUCACUAAACAUCCUGAUCAUAAGCGGUUUGCUUGUCAUGUCUUCAUGUCAGAUGACUCCAUGAUGCCACUGGCUGCGUCUGUUGGGAAAGCCUUCCAACUGUACUACAAGGAAACAGUGGGAUACUCCUGCCCAACAGAGGACAUCUUCAUUGAAUAGCGUUCUCUCAAUAGUAUAUUUCUCCAAUAUUGUGUCAUGAUGAAACAACUUGCAUGGUGGAUUUUAAACUGCAAUGAAUGGUAACGCUUUGGCCGCCUCCUAAAGUAAAUAUUUACAAUAUGCCAGUAAAUAACCAUUUAGUAAUACUGAUCUGCAACACAAUCUCCUUGGUGCAGCUUUCUACUCACUGUCAUGUUUCUACAGCACAAACAUGUCUACAGAAAUACCCAAACUAAAGCGUUACCAGUCCUAUCUAAAAGAGCAUAGAUGCAUCUUCCUCACAAAGGUUAUUGGCCAAAGGUACAGUACUGUUAACUGUAAAGUGUGCAGCCAAAUGUGAGGACGGUACUACUGUACAGAGAAACCAACAAGUAGUUACAGAUCACACUCAAUAUCAAGAUAGAAUAUGUUUGUGGCUUUAUGAGCUAUUCCAAAUUAUAUGACAUCACUAUCAAGUCACCUGGAAACCUCGUCUCUGUACGGAGGAAGACAGUGGCAGUGAUUUCAAUCUGUCUACGUGUCCCUGGACUGUUUUUAGUAUCACACUGUUUGAUUUCAGAUUCAGUUAGUAUGUAUGUUGGAAAGUUUAUUUAUGGAAUAAUGGUCCAUCACAUCAUGACAGGCUUUAAAUGAAAUGCAGUCCGUCAGUGCAUUCUCACCAAUUAACUAUGUGAAAAUUAACUCUGACUGGGGCUUGUCAUCUAUCUGCCAAUACCAAAAAGGUAAAUUGACUCUUAUUUUUUUACUGUCGUGAAAGGAAUGUCAUUUCAUUUAAGAAAUGGAAAAUAGUAGUCUGUUAUUUAAGAAUUCAUGUCUAUUGGUGGGUAAGCAGGUGUAAGUUAAGGAUGGUAGCCUAAUAACAUUGUUUCCUACAUAAUUAAAUCAUGCUCUAUCACCUUCUAUGUUUGGAAUUCUAUCCGGGUGACCCUCAAAAAUGACAAUCUACAGACAAAAAAGCCCUACGUAUUAAUACUACUCCUACUGUAACCUGGAAACAAUAUGUUUGGCCAAAAUUGUAAGGUGGAAUCACUGUAUAAGGAAAAUAUUUAAAUACAUAUGAUCUUGGAAUCACUGUGGUCUUACCACUUUAAAAGUCAUCCAGAAGGCACGUGUUCGGAAAUCAAAACCACAAGUAGUGCCUAUUUUCUAAUUAUUGUGAUUACUGUUUACAGUAUGUAUUUCCUUUUUAUUUGAGAUUAUUCUCCUGGCACUGUUGGACAGACGUAUUACCUGUACAAUAUGCUGUUUGUAAAUGAAAUGUCCUACAGUAGAUUUGAUCAAACCCAACGUGUAUUGCAUGAUAUCAAUGUCAAACAAAACGAUGUAGAGAAAGAAACAGGAGGUCAAUUCUUGUCAUUAAAUCUGAAGGUGUUUAAAUCCUCUCUGAACUUCUCUGAAACUCAGUCGGGGUCUCAACUUACUGUUGAGAGUUAGAACACACAAGGUGCGAUUUUGAAAUUUGGUUGCGCAUCAGCAGUUUUUCUAUUAUGUCAGUCACUGGCAAGUCACUCAAUUAGCCCAUGUCAGCUAACAUUUUUUAGAUUGGUAAAUUAGUCUAUCGGCCAGCUAUCUAAACUUGUAGUAAUCGUGGUCGAAUUACCGACUGGAGCCCCCAUUGAUUUUCUUGUCACUGUCACUCGGAUAUCAUAAUAAAGACUGCAAACAUUUCUCUCCGCCCAAUGGAAAAAUGAGUAGAAUUGCAAGAAAUUAUUUAUAGAAUUGCAAAAUCUUCUCUCCGCCCCAUGGCAAAAUGUGUAUAUUUGCAGCAAACUUGAUUUAAAAUGUCUAAAUCCUCUCUACGCCCCAUGGCAAAAUUGUUUUUUUCUCUGCUGUCAAGAGGGAGGGGUUAUAGAUGUAACAGGGUCAAUAAGAUUUUUAGUCAGUCAGUGGGAGUAUAACACAGGAGGCCAAGGGCCAUUUAGAGAGUAGACCAUUGGGGAAGUAGGUGAGUCUCUAUGGCUGUGUCAUAGAGGAGGAGGCCAAGUGAGAGGUUUUACUCCACCCAAGAAUCUGUCCACGUGAGAAACCCUUUUUCGUAUUGAGUUCUAUGAGUGUCGAAUUAUGUGGGGCUUAUUUGAUUGAAAAUAAGUUUCGUAAUGUUUAGGCUGUUACAAAUGUACAGAUAUAAGUGGAUGCACGUGGCAUUUUGGCAACUUUGAGGAAAAGUACCUGUUGUUCACACGCAUAUCUGCCCACUCAUUGGCUAGAAUGGUCCCACCUGAUCUCGACUGCCUUCAAUCAUUGAGGACAUGUAAAUGUAUUUCCAGUGUUAGAGCGGUCACUCGGCUAUGUUGUCGGUAUAAUAGAUCAUCUUUGUCUGCAUUUACACAGGUACACCAAUUCUGAUAUUUUUUCCACUAAUUGGUCUUUUGAC